GCCCAGUGGGAUCAAAUGUCUGCUGUGCCACAUGUCCCAGGAAAGGACUGCAGAGGCCUUCAGAUGAUCUCCAGGCUGCAGUGCCCAGAGGUCUGUUUUCUGUUCAACCCGAGGGCUGCUGCAUCGCGUUUUGGGAAAGGCUGGCCUGGAGAGAAUGAAAGCAGGCUACAGCAUUCCUCCCAAGUGGAGCCCACACUGAGCUGUGACUUCCCAGGAGUCAUCUGAGGUGACCCAGCUCUGAGCCAAUGGAAGCCUUUGAGAGGGAAGGCCAGGCCAGCCAGCAUGGUGGUGGAUCCUGCAAUGGACACAUCAUGAGGACAGAAGCCAGCAUUGUGAUGUCACAGCCUGGCUGUGGCUUUGUGCUCCUGGAGCUGUAGGUGGGGAUGCUAACCCUGGCUUCCGAGGAUCCGAAGAAGAAGCUGCAGUUGUGACUGUUCCUUUUUGGUCUGUCUUCAUCCUGCCUGGCUCACGUGGCUCCUGUCCUCCUGCGUGGCUUGUGGCAGUGGGGUGAUGGCAGCCAUGGACACAGGCCAGAGAGCUGGCCCAAGCAAUCCUGGUGACAAGGAAGAGGAUCUUCAAGGGCUGUGGCAGGAACUCUACCAGCUCCAGGCUAAGCAGAAGAAGCUCAAGAGAGAAGUGGAGAAGCACAAGCUUUUUGAAGACUAUCUGAUUAAGGUCCUUGAGAAAAUCCCCGAGGGCUGCACGGGAUGGGAGGAGCCGGAGGAGGCUCUGGUGGAGGCCAUGGUGAAGCACUACGGGAAGCUCUUCACAGCCAGCCAGGACACGCAGAAGCGCCUCGAGGCAUUCUCCCAGAUGAGCCAGGCCGUCCACCGGAGCCUGGAGUCUCUAGAGGAGGGUCACAGGGCUCUCAUGGCGAGCCUCAAGAUCCGGCUAUAUCAGCUGCAGAAGAAGUGUCACCGCAAGCAGGAGCAGUGGUGGAAGCUGGAGCACAGCAUCACUUACCAGAAGGACAUUGACUUCGACGCAAACACACACACCAGCAGCAGCUAUAGUGAUCAGCUGCUCAGCUACAUGCAAAUGACCAUCACCAACAUGGCCCGGCAGUGCUGCCCCUCUGCCCACAGCAUGCCCAAGAGCAUGGAUCUCUUCUCCAAGCUCAAUCUGAUUAAGGACUUCAUGUUGGACAAAAUGGAGACUGUAAGACUGAUCGCAUUGCUCACGGAACCCAGAGUGUGCUGGUCUUGGAACAGCCUCAGGGACCAGGGGCUCAGAAGACACCCCAAACCCUUCAGGAAAUGUCCAAGGAGCUGGGUUUCCACCCCCAGGACCCCCUUUCCCAGACCCCAUGCUUCAGAGUGCUCCAGCCUGUACUGACCGGCCUACGCCUUGCAGGCCCCGUAGCAUCACGACCUCUUCUUACC